CGUCACCGUCCGCCAUUUUAAGCAAACGGGUCAGAGUGUUUGUGUUUGCCGCUGUGUCGUGGUCUUUUAUAUUCACACUAAUUCAUAUAGAUAUUUGAUUUCACCGGAUUACCGAAACCCCAAAAUGCAGGCGGAACAUGAACAGACCGAUUUCAGUACGGAUGAGUUUCCAGAGGGGUCCAAAAUAAACGCAAGCAAAAAUCAGCAGGAUGAUGGGAAAAUGUUUAUUGGUGGUCUGAGCUGGGAUACCAGCAAGCAAGACCUUAAAGACUACCUGUCCAAGUUUGGAGAAGUGUUGGACUGUACCAUCAAAACAGACCCCAUGACCGGCAGAUCCAGAGGUUUUGGGUUCGUUCUCUUUAAAGAUGCCGAGAGUGUCGACAGAGUUCUGGAGCUGAAGGAGCACAAACUAGACGGUAAACUGAUCGAUCCAAAGCGGGCCAAAGCCAUGAAAGGGAAAGAGCCACCGAAAAAAGUCUUUGUUGGAGGUCUUCGUCCAGAAACAACAGAAGAACAAAUUCGGGAAUAUUUUGGCUCUUUUGGUGAUAUCGAAAAUAUUGAACUCCCAGUGGACAGCAACACAAACGAGAGGCGAGGGUUCUGCUUUGUAACAUACGUGGAUGAAGAACCUGUUAAGAAGCUUUUGGAAAAUAGAUACCACAACGUAGGAGCAGGAAAGUGUGAAAUUAAAGUCGCCCAGCCUAAAGAGGUCUACAGACAGCAGCAGAACAGAAGUGACAGGGGAGCAAGGGGAGGAUUCAGAGGCCGUGGACGAGGAGGACCAAGUCAAGGUUACAACCAAGGCUAUGGUGGCUACUAUGGGCAGAACUAUGGGGGUUACGGCAACGGAUACAACCAGGGCUAUAAUGAUUACUCUGGGUAUGACUAUUCGGGCUACAAUUACCAAAAUUAUGGAUAUGGACAAGGUUAUGAUGAAUACAAUGGUCAACAGAGCAACUAUGGCAAAGUCUCCCGAGAGGGUGGAAAUCAUCAGAACAACUACCAGCCAUAUUGAUGAAAUGACCUGACCUGCCAGAAUAAAUGGUAAGAUUAGAAUCCAAGCCUUUUGUUUGGCAUUAUGUGUGAACUUUAAAGAUCAAUAGACAACACUGACUAUCCUGAAACAGAGUGGUAUGCAUAUUAAUGCAUCACAUUUUGAAUGCCAUUUUAAGGAUAUGUCUAUAGAUCUUUAAUUGCUAAUGCUUGCACAGCAGUUUCUUUUUUUUAAUAAAAUCUCUUCAGAAAAACGUAAGUGUUUUUCUGUAGAUUUUCCCGCUUUUCUCCCUGCUUUUUAACAGGUGUUCAUAAGGAAAUAACAUAAACUUGAUAGCAUUGCUAACAGGUAAAGUACUGCUAAAGGGUACAGAGUAAGGGCACCUCUCCUGAUUUUUUUUUCCAUUCUUUCCCUAAUUCUGAUUAUUAUACCUUGUUUGUACCUGCCAGUGGGGACUUCAUUGCAGGCCGUGUGUCACCUGACCACGAAAUUCUCUGGGCGUCGCACAUAGCGGGCAGAGAGCACGGCAUGCACGAGAAAAAGCUGUCCUUGUGGUAUGGUCUCUUCAAAUUUCCUGUACCAGCGUUAAAGAGCAAACGUUAAGCAGGAGAUCUCUCGUUUUCCCUUAAUUUAUCAAGGUUUUGUUUAACAGUUUUAAAAUGGAUUUUUUACAGGUAUUUAACAGUGAACCCUAAACUGUUUGUUAACCUUGCUGUUUAUUCUCUUUUUUUAUUUUAGUGUUCUUGUAUUUCAGUUCUGGAGCUUCAGUGAUUUAUUUCCUUUAUUAUAAUUUUUUUUUCUUUUGUUUGUCUAAAAUGGUUCCCACCCCAUAAAAUUGCAUAAAACUCAUAAUGCUUGCUUUUUCUUUAGACUCCAUAGAGAACUUCAAAUGGUACACGUCAGUCCUUUUCCUUAAGACAUAGAUGAUAAAGAUCAUAUGUAAACCAUUUUUUUUAUUUAUUUUUUUUAUAAAGACAUUAAAAAAAGCUCCAUGCAAGUAAUGCGUGUUUGGAAAUUACCUUAAAAUUAAUGACACUUUUUAAAGGGUAUGCUCAUUUUCAUUGAGCUUGUUCAUUACCAGCUCAGUGGAGCUAAACGUUUCACUGGCCAUGUGUGCGCUUUUAGUAACUUUUAAGUUAUACAUAUGAUCUUUAGUCUUGAAUGGUGAUCUUAAUAGCUUAAAGUCAACAGCUCACGAAGUUAAACUGAAACAUGGAGGUGAUCUUUUUCAGUGAAACUCUAGCCUCGGCGGAGUAGGUAAUGUCUCAUCUCGUCUGUUUUAGGUGGGCAGACUUGAGCGUUCGUACCCUGGAGGCAGCUCGUGGAUACCCUGUUCUUCUUAAACAAAGAGCGUCUUGAUUUUAAAGUACUUUUGUUUCAUUGUCCUCUGAUGAAGACAUUCACAGUCAGACCUUGUAAAUAUUAAGUUUCUUAUCCUGUGCUUUGUUCAAGUAGACCCUUAAAGUUUUUGUGAUGUGUGCUUAGAUCCUGAUUUGCAAAGUGUCCUUUUUGUCUUAUUUUUUUUUUCAGUUUUGGAUAAAUGGAAAUUAAAAAAAUUAAAAUUGGGGUACAAAAAACAUG